CAAUAAGCUACGCUCAAUUCCGAUUUCCAAAAUGGCGACCACAUACACCGUCUCCAAAGCGUCCCCAUCCGAUGCUCACGCCAUUGCCUCCAUCUUCGCCCACUCCUGGACCUCCCCAUUCACCCGCCUCCAAUUCGGUCACGUGGACCCCUCUGCACUCGCACACGCCAUGGCGCCCGGAAUAGUCUCGCAAAUGCAGAACCCGCUCGUUGAUUUCCGCGUUAUUCGUGACCUAUCAGAUUCGGAAGAAGUGAUCGCUGCUGCGCAAUGGAAACUCCCUGAGGAGGAUGCAAUUGGAGAAGAGGAUGAAGAGACACUGGAAGAGAAGGAGGAGAGAAGGCAGUUCGAGGACGAUGCGUAUAGGAAUAAACUCCCGGACGAUAGUAACAAAGAUCUUAUUAUGGAGUUCACCGUGGGUUUGCGGGGGUUGAGGGAGAGGACGUUGGGGGGUAGGAGACAUUACCGUAUGUUUGAAUUCCCUUUGUAUUCUCCUUAGACGCUGGCUCUUCGUUGAAGACCUGUAAGGAUUGACUUAUGUGUCGUGAUAAUAGUUCUGGAGAACAUUGCCACGCGACAGGAGUAUCGGGGCAAGGGGUUGGCUUCGCAGCUCAUCAAGUGGGUGUUUCCGUUGGCGGAUGAGAGACGAGUGGAGGUAUACCUUGAUACGGCGAGUGA